CAAGCUAUCUGCCGGCGGCUUUGGUUCCGCCAACGCCCGGGCCUUCCAAGAGAGGUAAGCGAUGAUCCCAAUGACCUGCAUUCCCGGAGUUACAGUGGUAUUAGGCUCCGACUUCCACAAGCCGGAGAUCAUGCGCUUCUUCGCCCCUUACUACGUCGAGAAGGACAGCCUCGUUGUGCCGGAGACCCCGGCGGCAGACGUUUACGUCCAGGAUGAUGAUCUUGAAGCAUACCUCAACGACAUGUUUUAAUGUUUUGCGUGCGAGGGGCGGGGCCAUGGCCGUGUUGAUGGUAUAUGGCAGGUGCCCAUGGAGAGUGCAUCUCGAAUAGCAUCGGUGCAUCCAUCUUGUCAUGAAACCUCCACUAUUUGCGGGAGGUGUUGGCGUGGGCCGGCUGUGAGCUACGAAUCCGUGUUUCAUAAACCUUACCACUGGUACACGUUAAACGAGAAGUUGACAAGUCAUGUUUUUGUGGCCGGGGGAUUUGGAUGGAUAAUUAAUUUAGCGUGAUGGGAGUGGUGCACGUGGGUAGCUGUCGUCGCUGCAUCGAGAUUGGUAUGGCUCGAGCCUCGCGUCUUGAUAUUUCCGUAUCUCAUGCAUGGUCCAUCGAAGGAAAAGUCUUCGGGGCAGUUUUUCCCGAUGUUGUAGUUUCUCACAAAGUACCUCAAUUUUUUUUGGUUUUCAGUUUAUUCCAUCUCAAGAGAAUAUUCGUGGCAGUGUUCAUUGGGUGUAAGUUACUCAGAGUCCUUCGACUUUUCUUUGUUUUAAUUUAUUCCAUCAAGAGAAAAUUCAUCGCGGUGGUAAGUUACUUAGGGUCCUUCAACUUUUUUUUUAAAAUUUAUUCCAUCGAGAGAAAAUUCAUCGUGGCAGUUUUUCUUGGGUAGUAAGUUACUCAAAGAGUCCUUCAAUUUCUUUUGUUUUUAAUUUUUUUCCAUCGAGAGAAUUUCAUCGCGUUGGUUUUUAAUUGUUCCAUCGAAAGAAUAAUUCUUCGUCGCAGUUUUAUAGAUAUUUAUCUUUCUACGAUGGAAUCAGAUAAUUCGGGGGAGAAGGUUUGGCAUUCAUUGCCAGCUAGCUGGCUAUGCUGGGCACAUGGAGCGUGUUCGUUCGUGUUAUGUCGAAGAAGCAUUAUAAAUUGCGUGCAGCAUUCGGCCUCUGUACGUGCAAUCGGUGACGUCAUCAUGUACCCUGUAGGGGAGGUAUAUAUUGGGUGCCUUGAGGUCCCCUCAUAGUAGCAGUAUCAUGCAGUACGUUGUUUGUUGAUGGAAUUGACGCGCCGGAGCUGUACAUGUUACGAAGGGAUGGGGAAGCAAGGAAAGGCACGGAUCAGGGCGGGGGGCGGGGGGGUGUCAAAAGGCGACAUAUAUGGCGUAUAUGAGCUUGAGCGUGUUUGUACGUCUAGGAGCACUACAGUACAUGCUGCUGCAAGGGACGAUCAGGGAAAAACAAAAAAAAAGACAAAUGAAACAAAAAAUACAAAGAAAAUAACCAAACAAAUGUCGAAAGGAAAAUAUCCCAAUUUUCGGCCCCGUCAGUACCACUUGGCUGACACGGUCUCCACAGGGUUUUCCCAGGGUGUGCACCCCGCCAGGGUCCCUGAGUGGCAGGGUACGUACAGGGUGUGGGAUCAGUACCCUGGCAGGGUACCCACCCUGUCAUUGGGUCAAGCCUGCAGCGUAGUCUUUCCAGGGUGACCUUGACAGGGUGAAAUCUCCCCACCCUGGCAGGGUAGCCGAAUGGCUACGUGUGAAUUCUUAAGCGUUCGUGCGUUCAUACCAUCAUGCGCUGUCACGUAGACAGAACGCGAAGAUGUGACAGUCCUUCGCUGCAGUCCUUACUACCUUACUAACAUGGAGGCUUGGGGCUUGACUCCCGCGUGUAAUCCAUGGAACCUGACAUUUCGACACGACGAACUCGUUCGCUCGUUGAGCAAGGAAGGCGUGUAUGGCGCUGGCCCGCGGCGUGUGCGGGAGUGAACGUGGUUAGUAGGCCGACGUGCUUGUUCCGAGUUUCCACUACUGGCGCAUCGAGUCUGCACUGCUGGAGCCAUCACGCAAGUUGAAAUCAAGCGAGGUGAUUCAACAUUUGCAUGUUCAUGUGGCUGGUUUGUUCAGACAGCAGUGUGUGCAGCAGCGGCCACUUUGCCGAUCAGUUGCGUCCAGUGGCACAAUAAGACGAGAAGCGGCCAUGCCUCUCCGACGAUUUACCACAACAUAUCAGCCUGGACGGAAGAGAGGAGGAAGGUGGGCAUGGGUGAGCGCAACGUCAACGCCUAGCAUGUGCGGGGAAAAGGGUAGUUGCUGCAAUGUUCUCUCAGUCUCGAUCCAAGUUUGAAGAGUUCAACAUCACAAAAAUGAAGCGAUUUGUGCCUAGGUACACAACGUCCUGUUCUCCAUAGUGAGGUGCUAUGUUCCGUGGAUCUGUAGAUGCUUUAGUCGGUCAACAACAAAUAGCGAUAGAAAGUGGUCAACACGCCACACGCCGCUAGGACUCAAAUCGACAACAACAAUCGUCUGCACGACGGUUAUUCCACAUGUAUUAACUGUUUUUGCGACACCGCGAACCGUGCUCGAACUGUGCCAGACUACUUGAAAAUACUAAAGCACGGUUCCGGCACGGUUCAAACCCUAUAAGGUUAUACUGUGCCAAAAAAAUGAAUGGUUCAUUGCACAGUUCACUUCCCGGUCCCACGCCCCCUGUAGGUAGCCCCGAUACACUGCACAGCAAAAUCUAUGGGGGGGAGGGCAACUACAACAAAGUGCACAGUUCAUUGCACGGUUCCACGCCCCCUGCAAGCUGCAUCUAGUAUGCUCCCGGAACUUUCUCACGUUCUUGUUGCAUCUCGUGCGACACCUG